CCUGAUUAUUCAUUAUGGUAAAUUAUUGCGAUGGGUGUAGUAUCAAGUCUAAUAUCGUUUGUUUUACAGGGCUCCAUAUUCUCAGCUAUUGGCCGUGGAAUCAACGCCAUCAUAUUUGGCAUUGCAGAUGUCUUGAUGAUCAUCGUUGGGGCUAUCACGACUGUUAUUGUCACAAUAUUCGACGUUAUCACCGAUAUUCUGUGUUGUAGAUGCUGUGGCUCCCGUCGCUCAAGCAGACGCACAGGUCGAAGUUUAAGGCGUAGAGGAAACUAUUAGUGGGACGCUAUAUGCUACCAAGGCUACUUGCCAUUCACGUUUACGAGCCUUGGACUGGGUUGCUAUUCUUAAUCUACCCAUCUAUUCUAAUUCCCAUACUGUGUUGACGAGUUUCGUGGUCAGCCUAUAUUUACAAGCAGUUGACCAUAUCAUAUAUCAAGUUCGCUAGCACUGUCUUUGAAGUCUGGGGUGGACAUUUCAAUCACGAGGAUUCUGAAGAUACAACUGGUUCUUUCCAUCAGCGCUUGUAAGUUAUACGAGGAAGACCAAAGUGUGGGCAAAUUGAUAUAAGUAAAAACGCCUGUCGAACGGGCUUGCCGCAAGAACCGACCUAGGGUCUCUUCAGUCGUGAAGCCCGUCUGCC